AUGGCCAUGAGAAGGCAAAACUAUGCCUCCCCCGAAGAACAAGACGCAAACUACUGUCAAGUGUUCAUCGAGCACAUGAACAAAGACGCGACGAGCUGGUUUUCGAACCUCCCUGCCGAGACCAUCGACAGCUUUGAUGAUCUCAGCACGGCAUUCAUGAAACACUUUGGCAUGUUCAUGUCAAAAGGCAGCACCAAUCUUUUCACUAUGGCACAGGGAAAAGAUGAGUCUCUUCGCAAGUUCGUUGAGAGAUUCAAAACAGCAGCAGCAGAGCACUCAGACAUCCCUGACGCGAUAGGAAUCAAGCUUUCGAAAACGGGCUUUGGUUCGAAUCAAAGUUGA